UUUAGAUAACCUUUGCACCUUUUUGAUCAGAGUUGAGCCUUAAGAUUUGGGUGGUGGGCAGGCAUCCAAUCUUUGUCCUCCGACCUGUUUCACCAGGUUUCACCCCGGUGUCCUGGUGGCAAGUUAUUAGGAUGAGUGGUCUCUGAGAUAUGUUACGCUGGACAUCAAAAUCGGUAUUAUGUAUCACCGAAAAAAAAAACACCGUAAUAAUCAGGCCUGACUGAUGACAUCAUCAUCAUCUUCAGUCGCUGGCUCUCGACCGAGAUGAUGUUGAGGAUGGAAAGCUUGCGUGAUAAGCCGUUGAUUGAGUAUGCCCAUCAUCGAUCCUCAUCUCAAGGUGAAUGAAUUGCUUGCUCGCUUGGGUUUUCAGCAGGGCAACAAUUCAGGGCACAUCGUGUGCCUAUAAAAGAGAAGCACUCUCCGAAAGAUUGACUAGGGAAAGCGGGAAAAAUAAAACACGAUUGCUGUUGACCAUCUCCAGAAAUUUUGAUACACCGCUUCUCAAAUCCUCUUCUCCAUCUCCAUCCAUCUUCUAUUUAUCCUCUGACUUCCUCCUAAAGAAACUUAUUUGAUUCACCCCCACACAGCUUAUCACCAUGUCCCAAUUCAACCUCUGCCAAUCUCUCAAUGAAACCAACCAAGCCGAGAUGGUUGUUGAUGCAAUCUUAUUCGAUAUGGAUGGAACUUUAGUAGACUCCAUAGCAGCUGUCGAAUCCGCGUGGGGAGCUGUAGCCCAAACACUCAACAAAGACCCUCAAGAGGUCAUCGAUGCCACUCACGGAAGAAGGGCCAUCGAUAAUCUGAAGGACCUCAAGCCACACCUGAGGAGGAUGUCAAAUGCAGAGAUGGAGCCCCACGUGGAAGCAUUCGAGACCGAAAUCUUACGCCAAGCCGAUCAUUUCCAGAACGAGGUUCGAUCUCGUAGAUCUAGCGUCGCCAGCAGUAAGCGCCAGAGUCGCGAGACCAGUCGAAAGAAUUCGAUGGUCAUCAAUGGUCACGACCAUAAACCACGAAGGAAAUCUAGCCUUGCCCAUUUCAUCACUGCCGAUGGUGUUUCCGGUAGAAUGGCUGCCCUUGGCCUAAAACCCUUGACUCAGGCUCCCGUUAAUGGCCACGCCAAUCAUGAGGACCCCAACUCGUCCAACAUUGAUGAAGAUGUGUUCGAUGAUGAUGAUGAGGAUGAGGAGGAGAUUAAAACGGAUGAUGAAGAAGUUGAUGUUUCAGAUUUAACGGACAAGUCUGUCAGGAUCUUACCCGGCGUUCGAGAGCUUAUCGAUAGCUUGCCUGAGGGUCGCUAUGCAGUGGCCACCUCGGGAGCUAAAACCUACUGUUAUGGUGCUCUCAAAAGAGUAGGCAUAACUCCUCCAAAAGUGACCAUUACUGCUGAUGAUCCCCGCUUGAAGAAUGGAAAGCCCUUUCCGGAUCCGUUCAUUCUGGCAGCCGAGUGCUUGGGGUAUGAACCGGGAAACUGUCUAGUGAUCGAAGACUCCCCCUCCGGCAUCAAGGCAGGAGUAGCCAGUGGUGCGAUGACGAUUGCAGUGUGCACCUCACAUCCACCGGAGAAGAUUUCGGAAUGUGGUGCGCAUUGGUUAGUACCCACCUUGGAACUCGUCAAAGUCGAGGUGCGCAAAUCGGAUGGCAAGUUGCGCAUCUACGUUGAUGCGGAGAAGGAUGCCGUGCUCAAGGCCCGAAAGCAUGCCGUCCAGAGCAGCGCCCCCCCUGAGCUCUCAAAAUCACUCGCGCCGGCCUCAUGAUGAACUCUCAUUUUGUCUUCUCUCACUACGGCGGAAAAACUGUUCUCAUGUAAAACCACCAAACCAAUAGAUAACAGCUGUAUUUUGUAAAGCCCUCUCAAGGCAUCUGGCCCUGCAUGUUCCUCGAAAUUUCUCUCAGAGCUUUCCCGCUCUCAGUUCUCCCGAUCCUGCUGAUCGGCUGUCCUGAAUCGCCUUCUUUGUAUGUAGAAGUGAUCAACAAUCGUCUCUGCUUUUUUUCCACGUGUAUUUUUUUAACCUGAGUUAUAUAGCAGCACAACCAUAUCUGGUUCCCUUUUCUUUCUGGGGAACAAAAAAGCUGUUGUGAAGUUAUGGAAGUUAUGAAGUACAUGAAUAACAGAAGUUGCAGUUGGGAUAAUUUGAUAAGGGCUCUGUAGGCAAUGCUUGCACCGUCCGGCGUUUGCAUGGCCAAAUUACC